AUGAUUCACGAUGAGACUACUGCGGUCAUGUUGCUAAGGAACGUAUUGAUUAAAUCUCCCGCAUCAAAUGACGCACCCCCGACCUCUUUGAGAAGAGCUAUCAGUGAUUUUCAAACCACCAUGGUGGGCUACCACGUCAUUGAUUCCUGGACCGACCGCACCGAGAUAUCAAAUCUAGGCAGAACUGCAGCAGGCCAGCAGGAGAAACCCAGUGAUCACAUGAACCGUGAUCACCAGACUUUAUCCUUCAAGCCUGUAUAUGAUGGUGCUUCGCCUCGGCCUCCAACGGUCCCACUUCACUCCACCACAGCUGAAAAGAGGGUCACCCCCCACUCAGCCCGCUCGCGCAAAGCGCGCUUGCCGCAGCUUUGGAUAACGGCAGGUGACCUGCCCAAUUGGUCGUGA